AUGUAUGAGAUCACACGACCGUCCACUUCCGGUCCGACAGCCAGGGUGUCCACUGCAGGCGGUGACGUCGCACCCCCACCUCGGGGGUCCGUGGCUGCCCCUGGCAACAGACGCAGCCAGGGCUUCACCGAUAAGACCAAAGCCAGCCUGCACACGCACAAAGAACCAGCGGAGGGCGCGGGGCCCCAGCAGCCGGCGAUGACUGAGCGCACCCCGUCGCCCUCGGUAACCGCCGGCACCCCCUCCGGCAUCCCGUCCUCUACCUCGGCCCCCCACCCUCCGGCCUCCUCCUCCUCCUCCUCCUCCUCCUCGUCCCCCUGCUCCUCGUCGGCCAUCCCCACGCCCAACGCCGGCGGCGGCGGCAAGCCCUGGAAGAGCAAGUCCUCGGCCGGCUCCAAGACCCCCGCCUCCUCCUCUUCCUCCUCGGUGCUUUCGUCCGGCGGGCCCCCGGCCCCCGUCAUGCAGGGCGGCAGGCCGGAGAAGGAGGCGUCGCCCAAGGGGGCGGCGUCGGCGGGCUCGGAGGCGCCCCCCAAGGCCGCGGGUCAGAGGUCGAUGCUGGAGAAGCUCAAGGCCUUCAACAGUAAAGGGAAGAGCUCGUCGUCGUCGUCGUCGUCGUCCAAUGGUGCGGCGGCGGCGGGCGAUGGCUCCGCCCCCGUCCGGCUGGCCGCGCCCGGGUUGGUCGAGAGGGCGGAGGCGGGCUCCAACACGGACCCCCUGGAGGAGGACGAGGGGAACGCCCGCCCAGGGCUGAACGGGAGCGGGGCCGAGAAAGGGGCCGCUCACGGAGCCCCUCCCCCCUCUCCUCCUCCUCCCACCGUCGCCGUGACAACCAGCAGCCCCAAGAUCGCCUUGAGGGGCAUCGCCCAGCGCACGUUCAGCAGGGCCAUGACGGCCAAGAAGGGCUCGGCCAAGGGCCAGGAGAAGGAGAAGGCCAAGGAGAAGGACAAGGAGAGGAGUAAGGAGGCGGCCAAGCGCAACUCCAACCCCGACAGGGCUGAACUCCGGGGGGAGGAGCCUAGGGAGGAAGUGGCCUCCGCGGACACGGACUGCUCCGCUAGAAGGACCUCUAAAAUCGGCAGCUUCAUUCCCAAAGGCGGGAAGGUCCCCAAGAAGGAGACGGCCGCGCCGGCACACAGCGGAAUACCAAAGCCAGGGGCCAAGGCCCCGGGGGGGGGCGGGGCCGGGGGCAAGGCCUCCGCGGGGGGGGGCCCCAAGGAGCCCGGGGAGAGGCCCCGGAGCAUGCGCCUAGGGGGGGGUCUCGCCAUGCACCGUGGGGGCCCCCUGGACAGAGACAGGGACAGCAGACACUCCAGUUCUACCUCCAGCCUGGCCUCCAGCGACGGCAAGGCCACGCCCGCCCACGCCGCCGCGGCAGUGGUGGCGGCGGCGGCGGCGGGAGGCGGAGCCACGCAGAGCACGGCCUGCAACACGGUCAGCGUGCAGCUACCUCUGACCCAGCAGCACCACAGCCACCCCAACACGGCCACCGUCGCACCUUUCAUGUACAGGUCCCAAACAGACGGCGAGGACCCCCUGAGCCUGGAGCUGGGCCCGGGGGGCCGCGCCACCGACGGAGCCCUCGGCAAGACCUCCAUCGAGGACCUCUCAAGUGAAGACCCAGAGACCCGGAGGCUGCGGACCGUGAAGAACAUCGCCGACCUGCGGCAGAACCUGGAGGACACCAUGUCCAGUUUACGAGGGACUCAGGUCACACACAGCACAUUGGAGACCACCUUCGACGGCAGCGUCACCACGGAGGUCAGCGGCGGGGGAGGCGUCAGCGUGGGCGGAGGAGUAGGAGGAGGAGGUGGUGGAGGAGGAGGAGGCCGGAGCAUCCUCAGCAUCACCUCCUCCCGCCCGUCCCUGUCGUCGUGGCGACUGGGCCAGUCCUCCAGCCCUCGUCUCCAGGCGGGCGACGCCCCGUCGUUGGGCAACGGCUACGGCGGCCGGGCGGCCGGCGGGGGCGGGCCCGUGGGGCGCUACCUGUACCCGGGUCACCUCCGGCGCCAGCUGGCCGGGAGGGGCGGGGCUCUGUGCGGCGUGGAGCUGGGCGACCGCGCCGGCGACGACAUCGACCUCGAGGGCAUCGCCAUGGAGGUCACGGGGUACAUGAGCGACGGCGACGUGCUCGCCAAGAACGUGACGCGCACCGACGACGUCACCAGCGGCUACAUGACGGACGGGGGGCUGGGGCUCUACACGCGGCGCCUCAACCGCCUGCCCGACAGCAUGACGGCGGUCCGCGAGACGCUCCAACGCAACACGUCCACGGGGCAGGGCGACGCCGACAGGUGAGACGCGCUGGGGCUGGGGUUACCUCACUCUCGC